UUAAUUCCAUUUUACAACUAUUUUUAUUUGCAACAAAGAAAUCUGAAGGUAUCUUGAAGAUCAAGAAAACAAUUUGAUCCAAUUCAAAAGAUGGCAGAUAGCUGGUGGGAUUCAAGAACAAGACCUUGUUUGAAUAAUUCAGUUUCUGUCACCUCCAUGAAUCUUUUCCAAGAAACCACUGAUAGCACCACCACAACCGCCACUUGCAGUGGCGGUCGUGGCGGAGAUGGUGGGUUGUUGGAAAGCAGCCCCAACUUACAGAUGAUGGAACUAGGUCUUUCAUCACAACCAAUAUCUCAUUCGUUGGAUUGGAAUCAAGCUUUAUACCAUGGAGAUCAAAGAAAUGAUCAUCAUCAAAGUGGUUACCAAACCCUAAUUCAAGAAGAUCAUGGUUUGAGCUCAAACACAAGCCGUUUUCAAGAAAACCAAUGGAAAUCACAUAAAAUGUAUUCCGGAUCACCUUCUGAAUUCAAGCAAAUAAACGUUAGAGGAGCGCGACUUGAUGAGCAUGCACGAUACAACGAUGAAAACCGAUUAAAUCCAGGCUUCCAACCUAUGGAUGAUCAUUCUUAUGGAAGUAAUUCUACACUGAUACAAAGUCUAUUUGGUUCGGAUAGCAACACAAGUGUACAACAAGAUUCUAGUUAUGAUCAAAACCAAGGAAUAAGUUAUUCCUAUCCACCCAGUUACGGUGGCAUGACCGUAUCUGGUGGUGGCGGGGGAGAAGAGUACGCUCUCCCGCCACCACAACAAGAAUUCUCAACGAAUUCUUCACCAUCGAAAGUGCAGGGGAACAUUGCCGCACAACUGCACUUUUCCAACAACGCGCGAUUUUGGAAUGUGUCGGCAUCAAACUUUUUUCCAUUGCAAAUGCAAUCAGCUUCAUCAACCAUUGAAGAUAAACCAAAGAAUCCCAUAUCUGAAAUGGUGAAAAAGAGCAACACCAAGUCAUCAUCAACCAAAAGACCAAGAAAUGAGAACCCACCAAUGCCGCCUUUAAAGGUGAAGAUGGGGGACAGAAUCACUGCACUCCAACAAUUAGUUUCCCCUUUCGGAAAAACCGAUACAGCAUCCGUGUUGUCCGAGGCUAUCGUAUACAUCAAGUUUCUCCAUGAACAAGUUAAUGUUUUAAGCACUCCAUACAUGAACAAUGUUGCAAUCAUGCAACAACAAAAACAGAUUUCGGAUAAACCAUCGGAUGGAUCGCGACAAGAUCUAAGAAGUCGAGGACUAUGUUUGGUACCGAUAUCAAGCACAUUUCCGGUGACAAACGAAACUCCAGUUGAUUUCUGGACACCGUCUUUUGGAGGAACUUUCAGAUAGGUGUGAAAACCAGAAAGAAUUUGUUCAUGGGGCCGAUAGCGAUCAUCAAAGGAAUUAAUUCUAGGCAAUAAAUAAUAGAUAUCUAGUAGAAAUCUGAAGAGAAAGUGAAAAAAAGAUAUGAAUCUUUAAAAUGCUAGGCCAGCUACACACAAAAUGAUGCAGUUUUGGCCAAUAUUGUUCUUUUAGAGUUAAAGGUGUCCAUCUUUGUACAUAAAAACCGGGUAUAUUUGUAAUAAUUGUAGCAUUAAUAAUGAUUAUUUAACUAAAGUUUUGUGUAGGAA